UAAAAUGAAAGGUUUUAGUUUGAGAAGUGGAAAAAUAUUUGUUUUUGUUUUAUGGAUAUUAUUAUCAAUGAAUGAAUUCAUGUUAUUUUCAGCUAAAGUUUUCAAUGUGAAGAAGUUUGGAGCUGUUGGAGAUGGAAAGACUGACAGUACUAAGGCUUUUGAGAUAGCAUGGAAAAAAGCAUGCAAAAAUAGAGGGAAACCAAGAGUUGUGAUACCUGAAGGAGUGUUUCUUAUAAGGCCAUUGGUGUUAAGAGGACCAUGCAAGAGUCAUAAGAUGCAUGUUCAUGUUGAAGGGGUGGUAAAAGCACCAAUAAAUAUAACAGUGUUCAAGAACAAAAAGGAAUGGAUUCUUUUUCAACAUGUCGAAAGGGUGAUCGUCUCUGGCUACGGCAAAUUCGACGGCCGAGGAGCCUUCGCUUGGCCUCUCAACCAAUGUACUAAGCAGAAACAUUGCAAUUUUCUUCCUUCGUCAAUAAAGUUCAACUAUGUCACAAAUGGAACAAUUCAAGGCAUUUCAUCAGUAAAUAGCAAGUCAUUCCAUUUGUCUAUCCAUAACUCAAAGCACAUCAAACUCCAUGAUAUCAAAAUCAGUGCACCGGAGGAUAGUCCCAAUACUGAUGGAAUCCAUAUCACAGACUCAAGCAAUGUAACUAUUACAAGAUCUAUCAUUGGAACGGGAGACGAUUGCAUCUCGAUCGGGCCGGGUAGCCGGAGAGUGUUGAUCUCCGGCGUGUUUUGCGGGCCGGGACACGGGAUAAGUGUAGGUAGCUUAGGAAGGUAUGAGAAUGAGAGAGAUGUUGUAGGAUUAAGGGUGAGAAAUUGCACCCUUACAGGCACAAGAAAUGGAGUGAGGGUGAAAACAUGGCCAGCUUCUCCAAAGAGCUCUGCUUCUCAUUUGGUCUUUGAAGACAUUCUCAUGAACAAUGUCCACAACCCCAUCUUCAUUGACCAAAACUACUCUCCAUAUGGCCCUUCUAAAAAACAGAGACCAUCAGAGGUUCAAAUAAGAAAGGUAAGGUUUGAUAAGAUUAGGGGGACAUCAGCAUCAAAGGUGGCAGUGAGACUCAUGUGUAGCAAGGCAGUGCCAUGCCAAGAUGUUGAGCUAAGUGACAUUGAUUUGAGGUACCAUGAACUAGGCCAAAGCACACUGGCUUCUUGUGCUAAUGUUCAUGGUGUUUCCAAAGGCCUUUUGAAACCUCCUCCUUGCUUUUAAUUAUUCCACCUCAAAAAUUUUACUUCUUAUUUGUUUAUAUUUGUUUACAUACUUCUACAAUUGGC